AUGGAUGGAACAGAGCUCGAACUCGCUCCCAGGGCGAAGAACUACAACUGGAUAAGCUUUUACUGCAAACAAAUACGAUAUGCUUUGGCUUGCUAUAGGAUUUGUUCAAAUUUUCUCCCACUGCCUUCAAGUAGCAAUUUCAAAGAGAGGAUAACAGCCGACCAUUUGGAACAACUACCUGGGGAAAGUAAUCCACCGUUCGUCGGGAUGGGGCCCGGUGGGGCUAGGAAGAAGCCCUAUCUUCGGGGAAGCAGCGGAGACCGAAUGAAAACUCAUCCAGCUGGCUACGAAGCAACCAGCACUCCAUCCUCAUCUCCAUUGAGGAACAUCUCACUAGGUCCUGUUCUGGUGCCGGGAACCUCGGCAGAGGCAAUCUAUCGGUCGUUCUCCUAUCGAGACGAGAGUAAGCCCCUUUUUUCCCGCAGGGCUUCGAAGCCAGUGAAAGGCUCGAUGUAA